AAAUCGCGUGUUACGUUACGCGACACGCUCUCGUGUGUUACGUUGGACACAAAUUCGAGCCCAGACGGCAGAGACCUCACUUUCCACUCGCGAAUUCACUUCCGGCUCGCUCAUUCUCUCGCACUCAGCGACGGCUAACGUCUCUAGCCGGCGAAAAUCGAAGUGAAUCCGAUAUUUUGAUGCUCUAAUUCCUAUUUGAAGUGGUGUUAGGUUUAAUGGUGUUUGUGAGUUUAUAUUGGGAUGGGAAAAUUAUUCAGCUCCCAGGUUUGGGUGUUGCUAAUGAUCCCCCUCGUGCAAAAUCAUUUAUUAUAUUGGAUUAAAAGAUAUCUUAUUAUCAACUUGUUUCAAUGAUAUGUGAAAAAAUUGGAAUUGAGUUGGAUGCACAUACGAUUGAUUUAACAUGGAGGCAUCCUGUGGUUUUUAGUGGAGUGGUGAAUUAUAUAGCUACACCAGUGGAUGCUAAUUUGUUGGAGUAUAUGUUUGCUGAAAAUCCAAGUCAAAUUGAACUUUUUAUUGAAUAUACUCUUGUUACCACUGCGUUGCAAUUUGAACCACCUAUCACUCAUCAUGAUGUUGGAACGUCUAGGAGGGAUUGUUAUCCUAGUUUUGAUGUCGGGACAUCUAGAAGGGAUGAUGAAUAUCAUAGCUUUGAAUUCAACACAUCUGGGAGGGAGGUUGAGAAACCACUAGAUGUACCAAAUGUGACAUGUGAUGGUUAUGAUGGUUCAGAUGGUUCAGAUAAUUGUGAUGGUUCAGAUGGUUCUGAUAAUUGUGAUGGUGCAGAUAAUGUUGAUGGUGCAGAUGGCUCUGAUUGUGAUGGUUCCGAUGGUUCUCAACCAAGUGAUCUUGAUUAUAGUGCAGAAUCAUGUGAAGAUUCUACAGACGAUGAGACACUUGAUAUGAUGGUUGAGAAUUAUGUACCACCAUUUGUUCGUGGGGAGCAACCUGUUCCCAACUAUGUGCCUGAAGGGUUACCAUUUUUUCGAUCAUUACCAUGUGAAGGCAGCCGAGGUUACUUUUCAGAAGACCAUGGAUUGGUUGAAGAAGAUAUGUGGUAUUGGGAUGAGGAUAAUCCGAGACACAUAGAUGUGGGAACAAAAUUUGAUAGCAAAUUGCAGUUGAAAACUGCUAUCACAUUAUGGCAUGUGGGAACAGGUCGGAUGUAUGAGGUUAUGGAUAGUCAUUCAAGAAGAUGGCAUGCAGUUUGUAGGGACCCAUUUGGUCCGAAAAGAAGAGGCAGGGACCUUGGGCAACGCUACCCAUGUAAUUGGGAGGUUAAAGCAACGUUUAAGAAACGUGAUGGUAGCUGGUCUAUCAACUCAUGGGUUGAUCGUCAUUGCUGUAUGGGAGAUCACGAUCCAAGUGAACAUGUUAAUCUUACAUCAUCCAUGACUGCUCUCUGUAUUCGAAGCCAAAUUGAAAACGAUGCUGGAUUCAAGCCUUCUGCAGUACGUACAUAUAUCCAAGAUAAAUUUCACGUGAAAAUCAGCUACAAGAAAGCAUGGUACUCUCGCAGAAAAGCUAUUGAGCUUGUAUAUGGUGGGUGGGAGGGAUCCUUCAGACAACUCCCCAGCUACCUGACUGAGUUGCAAACUCAAAAUCCGGGGACAAUCGUUGAGUGGUUGCAUGACCCUGUACUGAGUCAAGGUAAUACAAAGGCGUUCCGCUACGUAUUUUGGGCAUUUGGGCCAGCAAUAGAGGCGUUCCAAGUAGCAAAGCCGGUCUUAUCAGUUGAUGGGACUCACCUGCGUGGAAGAUUGAAAGGUAAAUUACUUGUUGCAGUAGGUUACGAUGCAAAUAAGAACUGUUUGUCAGUUGCUUUUGCUAUUGUUGAUGAAGAAACAAACAAGAGUUGGAGUUGGUUUUUGAAUCUUGUGAGAGUGCAUAUUAUAAAGAAUGACCAGGAAGUGUGCAUAAUAAGUGACAAACAUCAAGGCAUUAUAAAUGCCAUGAAGGCUGAUGUGUGGAAAGAGACCCCAGUUGGUUAUCAUCGAUUCUGUUUAAUUCACGUUAGAUCGAAUGUGUUACAAAGACACAAAGGCCCCGGAGUGAAGAAAUGGGUAUGGAUAAUGGGUGAAGUAAUUGAGGAGCGGAGAUAUUGGACUGCAAGGCGUGAAUUAGAAAAAGUGAGUCCAGAAGCUCUGAGGUACCUCGAAACUACCAUAGAUAGAUCGCAGUGGACUAUGGCACACGAUGAAUUUCGUCGAUGGGGUGAGACAUCUACUAACAUGGCCGAGUGUUAUAAUAAUGUGUUGUUAGCUGCGAGGGAACUCCCAAUUAGAGCUAUCAUUGAUAGCCCAACAAACCAUGUACGUCACAGAUCUCCAACUGUUGUUCAUAUCGAGGCAGGAGUCUGGUAA